CUGCUCUUUUUGUUUCCCUUCCCAUCUUACGAUUUCGAUACCAAUUGACAUGGUCAGCCCAGCUUACAGCGCCCGAUGGUACAAGAGCAAAGAUUGGCAUUUUGACAAGGACGGGGACUUUGUCGACAAGAAUGGCCAAUUGUUUGAUUUUGAGUCGCAGGGCGAGCACUAUGAAUACGUUCAAACUCAGAUCAAGAAACAUAUCUAUGAAGAACUUCAGCAUCGUUUUGAUUUUGUUCGACAACCGCUUCCUAUUAGCAAGUUUGAAGGAGUCUCUAGAGACGAUUCACAAUGUCCGCAAAUCUUUGUGACUAAAGACAUUCAGUGGAAUCCUGAUCUUCUUGUUAUUGUGCAGGGACUAGGCGAGGUGCCGCCAGGCCAGUGGGCUAGAAAGCUGUUCACGAACGGGGAAAGCGGUCAGUGGGGUUUGGCGACCCAGUUCGCGUAUAUCCAAAAGGCGUUGCACCGAGGAUGGGCAGUUCUUCUUUGCGAUCCUAAUCACGAUGGGAAUGGGCCAAAAACCCAGCACUCACGUUCGCGUCAUGUUCGGCGGGUGUGGGAUGACAUUAUUAGCCGCUCGAACGCGAGAUGCGUAAUGUUCGUCGCAUUUAGCGCAGGGACAACAGCCACACUGGAUCUUUACGAAUCAUUAGGACAAGAGUUCACGAACCGUGUCCAGGCAAUUGCAUUGCUGGAUGGAGAAGACGGGACAGGCAGGACGGUAGGCAAGGACGGCGGUCGCUGGCUGCGAGAGCACUCUUGGUCUUUCAUGAAUAAGAACAUUCCUCUGCAACUAGUCAACCAAGAAACUGUUUCGACGACUGAUCACGACAGCGUCCCUGGGAUGGCCGUUGGCAAAGUUUUUGAGUUUUUGGUGGAAUGCCACUCCUAUUUUGAGGCCACGUUGCUGCCGGACGAGUUUGACAGGUACAAGCACUGCUACGUUAUCCGCUCCGCGGCCGAAUGUUGAUCGAGGCUGCUGCCAAACCGUACUAGCGCUCGAACAGCCGACGCCGCACAAUUUACUCGAAUGUCGCGACGACAAAUACUCGCCUUCGAUAUGCGGGAGAGAAGCUGUCUCCAUUUCGGAUCAGCCAAUGAAAUGAAAGAAA